AUUUUUACCGUCUAUAUGUACAAAGGUAACGGCGCCAGUGUAGUAAACGCUACUUUGAAAGAUGACGUUAUCGGAUGAACUUCACGAACCGCGUACCAGCCCUUUCGCUCCAUCGCAUGGACGGCAUCAGUGGGAUGUUAAUGAUAAUACUCUUCCUCCGGUAAGCGAUUUUGAUCAGUUUGAAGAAUGGCCAAAUGGACAUUCGCGUUACGUAUAUCCUGCCGAUAUGGAGGACGCAAGACGACACUCAUCUGGUUGGGCGAUGAGGAACACUAAUAAUCACAAUGUGAAUAUUUUAAAAAAGAGUUGCUUGGGAGUUCUCGUCUGUUCACAACGUUGUGUACUGGAAAAUCAGACAAAAGUACAUAUGAGGCCAGCUAUUUGCGAUAAGGCGAGAAAGAAGCAGAUAAAUAAAGCAUGCCCCAAUCAAAGAUGUAAUGGUCGUUUAGAAUUGAUGGCAUGCCGGGGACACUGUGGUUAUCCGGUAACUCACUUUUGGAGGCAAUCGAACGGAGCAAUAUUCUUCCAGGCAAAAGGAAUUCAUGAUCACCCUCAACCAGAAGCAAAAUCUUCAGCUGAGGCACGUAGACAUAAUUCGUCGUGUGUUACUAAGGAGAAUAGACAACCUAAUUUGGGUUACAGACGUUUUGCUAGUCCAAAAAAGAGGCCUGCAAGUGCUGUUACGACGACAAGCUCUCCACCAGGAUUCAAUCAAUUCAAAAUUCCUCGAAUAGAGAUGUCUUCAACAACUGCUCCAUCACCGUGCCCUUUUCCUGCCUUUGAGACUGCCGCUCAUCACAAUUCAACGCCUCGUCUAUUUUACGAAACACACUAUACCCCCGCAGCCGAAUUUGAAAGUUCUAAUCACAAUUACCCAACACUCAGGCAAUACCAAAAUCCUCCCUCUGACUUUGAUUUUUUGCCACAAGAACAAUAUUGUCCCCCAACAUUUGCUCCCCCUCCUCCACCUCACCACACUCACGCUCAUCCAUCAGCGCCCGUUCCCCAAGUCUCUGAAUGCCUUUACACUCCAGCGUCAACGAUUUCAACUGCCGAUAGCUGUACUUUUAACGAUCCGUCCGAAUUUCUUCAAUUUUCAUCAAAAAAAACAGAUGAUUUACCAAGUUUUGGCCCAGCAUUUAUGCAAGAAGCUGCUAAAAAUUCCUCAUACGCUGAAUUACAACCAGUUCAAGGUUCCAGAACAGCAUCCUUUUUCCCUGAACAAAAUACAGUUUCAACCGGCUAUGAUUUUUUCCCAACGUAUUCUAGUUUGCGCUACGCAUCAACUGGUGAAGUAACCGAAUAUAAUCCAUUCCUGCCGUCGUUUGGCUACACGACACAAUGAACUUUUUCAUCAUGAUUUUGUUUAAGACAAAUGCUUUGUUUGUAAAAAAUAUUUCUAGUUUCGUUUACCUUUUGUUUGUUAUUCCAUUGGCUAUAAUUUAUUUUGGGCUUAGGGUAUUUUGUUAGAUAGAGCUUUCAGUGUUAGAAAGAAAGGAAAUUUGUUCAAAAAAUUGAAUGUUAAAUACAUGGAUACUGUAUAAAUAAG